CUCCCGAAGGGGGUCCCUCGGGCCCCCCGCUGGCGCCACCCCUGAAUGUUUACACAAGUGUACCUUCUAAUUCGAGGCCCUUCGAUUCUAGACCACUUUAUUAAAGAACCAAACAAUCGUCAAUAUUUUGACACAAAGCUGACACCAACUGGAGACCGAGACCACCCUAAAUUUCCAGGUCCCAAAGUGGUCUCGAGGACAACUGUAUUGAUGAUCAAUAAUAGUAUUCUUGUAACUGCUGUCCUUAAUUUAUCAAUGUUUAUAAGUCUGCUCAUCUCACUGGGGCUAUAUGUCCCAUGAAUAAUUAUAAUGCAAGAACUGUCAGUGAAUAAUAGUAUGUACAUCAUUACUUCCUCCAUUCUAAAUCAUCGACUGUCCCUUUUCUCCAUGCCUAUUUUUUAUGCAUAACUGCAUAGAUUUAAGAUUCGCAUUCGACUAAGUACAGGACGUAUUUACACCAAAUCAAAACGACACACAUUGAUAUGCUCCAGUAACAGAUCAGCUUUUGUACAAAUUAUUAGAUACGUGAGGACGUGAUUUAAAUUCUUUAAUAGUAAAACCUGAUAAUAACCAAUUCUUGUAAUGCGCCCUCUAUACCAGCCACUGGCACCAUCCAAUGCAAUCACAGUAGACUUUUAAUAAACGUUGCAUGGAUUAGGCUGCGAUGAUGACAACGUUGCUUAGAACGUCAGAUAGCCUAGUUGCAUAUGGCUGCUUCGUCGUAUGUCCCCAAGGAUAUUAUUAUUAUUAUUAUUAUAAAAUUGAAUGCUGAUGUGAGCUGGUUUUGAUUAACAGUAUCCCACUAUUUGGACAAUAGCGUGUGUUGUCACGAGCCGCUAUGCAGAAAAAUGCUAUAUUCAAUAUAUAGAUGAACGUUUAUCAUACGGCGCGUUGCUUGUAUUUUUUUUAUCUUCAAACAUAAUUUAUAAUACUUUUAGUGAAUUGGAAAUCUUUCAUGCUUAUUUUAUAAAUAUAUUACGAGUUUUGCUCCUGAAAGUCUACACGAGCCUAUAAGAGGAUUCAAAUAUAUCACGGAUGAUCUGCAGGUCGGUUUCAAGAAUCUACAUGACCCUGUAAAGUAAAUGAUAGCGAAUCACAGGAAAACUUACCCCGAACACACGCUAUAAUGCCAGUUUUUGGAAAAGCCAGCAAAACAAACGAUAAACGACAUGUUCAGGCACGAGGAAAGCCUAUAUCAGAACCAAAGAUUCCAGAACUGGAUCUAUCCCACCUUACGCAAGAUGAGAUCGCAGUCAUUCAACAUGUUCUUCAAAAACAAAAACUGUUCGAAAAACAAACGGAAAAUAAACGUAUUAUGAUCGAGAAUCAGAUUAGGCAACAUGAGACACGAAUCAACAACAAUAUUAAGAAACAUUUAGACUUGCGCCUGUGUAGAUUAUGUUUUCAUGAGAAGUUCGGGGAUGGCAUUGGACGAGUGUGUCACGACUGCCGUCGAAGAGUUUGUUACCAUUGCGGAUCUUUCUACAAACCGAUCGAGAGUUUUAGUGUAGAGGUGAAAGCGAAAUGGCGCUGUCGUCUCUGUAGUCUGAAACGUGAAUUUCUAUGCAUGACAGGAAAUUGGUACCAUGGUGACAAGGCACGCCCUGCCCUUGAUGCAAAGACGCUUGAAUCUAUAGAAGUUGUUUCCGAUAAGGAGGAAUCAAGAAAAUCGCAUAGUAGGAAAAAAUCGUGUGCCUUCCAUUCGUCAGGGGUUAAGUCAGAUACAGAAACAUUACAUCCCUGUACCCAGGGAAAUCGUCGAAAGCAAUUAUACCACCGUCGAUCAUGUAGACGACCAGAAGAGAACCUGGACAUGCGGUACGACCCCCGCAUGGACGACCCAAGAAGGCGGAAACGUCCUUACGGUCGACGAAGACGUCGGCCUGGGGUGAUCUCGAAGAAUCAGGUUGAAGUUGGUCGAGAAUCUUCUGACACUGACGGGGAACCAUUACACGGCAGGUACCAUAGACGUAUGACCGAUUCAUUUCGAUACCCUCGUCUUAAAGAAGGGUAUAAUAACCCUCAGAGCGGUAGCCCAGACAGUGGUAUGGAGAUAUCUGCUAGUGACUAUCACCACCACCACCAUCAUCCCCAACAACAGCAGCAGCAAGCGAAUAAGAACAGUAACUGUUCUGCCUUAUGGCAAAGACGGAUGAGUAAGUCAUUUGAGGCAGAGGAAGAUGAGGAAACACAACAAAUACCUUCCAUUCGUAUAGAAAAGGGGUCAGAAACGGGGUCAUCACAGAUGGAAUUUAACGAAGUGGAGUACGUAGUGCUAAGGAAGGAUUUCAAUGAUCGAUCAGUCCGAACUCGUGGGUUCGGCAUGGAAAUCAUUAGCGGAAAAAUGCGCCCUGACGGCACACUGGUUACCGUAGUAACACGUGUUGUUGCUGGUGGUCCGGCGCAUGUGCAGGGCAACUUAAAAUCAGGAGAUCAAAUAUUGGAAUGGAAUGGACAUAACCUUCUUGACAAAACAUUCGAAGACGCAUGCUGUAUAUUAUCGGAAGAAUGUGAAAUUCUAAAGAUACUUGUUAUGCGGUCUAGACAGCAUUUCAGACACAAUAGUGUCGAUCGGAACAGACCGAUGAGUCUCGUGGACACAGAGAUCACAGCCAGAAGAAAGACGAUUUCG